AGAUGCCUCAGUGCGCGCUCCCGUUGGCGUCGCUCUACAGCUGCUGUAGAAAUGCUAACCUGACUGACUGUUCCUUUCUUUCGAAGUUCUCCAUUUGGGCAUUUACGAGCUGUCUUAUCAAGGAAGGCGGCGACGACUUUCUAUGUUUAUCUUUAUUUAUGCCUCUUUGUUGUUUGCCGCCAAGGACGGCAGUUAGCUAGUAGCUCCACCGCGUAAGGCGCUUGUUUGCGGCUCGUUUCCGCUAACAGCAGCAGGCCGAUUUUGAGUCCAAGUCAUCUAUGUUGCUCUAGUGACAACAAAUCCACAGCGGCGGCGUUCUUUGACACUUUUACGAGACAAUAACUAUCUCGAUUACAGCGAGGUGAGCUUAUCCACAGCGGGGGAAGAACGAGCGACAGCUGGACUGUCAGCAAUGGAAGCCGAGUUUCGGGAAAUCGAUGACAACAGGAUUUGGAGCGCCAUUUACCAGGAGAUUCGUCAGCAGUCAUGUGAACUGCCCUGCAAGGUGGCCAAACUACCUGAAAACAAGAGUCGGAAUCGCUAUCGAGAUGUUAGCCCAUUUGACCACAGUAGGAUAUGUCUGCAGCAGAGUGCUAACAACUACAUUAACGCCAGCCUAAUAGCGGUAGAAGAGGCGCAAAGGAGCUACAUCCUCACUCAGGGACCCCUACCCAACACGUGCGGUCACUUCUGGGAGAUGGUCUGGGAGCAGCAGAGUUGCGGUGUGGUGAUGCUGAACAGAGUGAUCGAGAAAGGAUCUGUCAAAUGCGCCCAAUAUUGGCCACAGAGAGAAGAGAGAGAUGCGCUCUUUGAGGAUACAAACUUCAAGCUCACCUUUGUUUCCGAAGACGUCAAGUCUUACUACACAGUCCGUCAUCUAGAGCUGGAAAAUCUCGCUACACUAGAGACACGUGAAAUUUUACAUUUUCACUACACCACCUGGCCUGACUUUGGGGUGCCAGAGUCUCCAGCUUCCUUCCUUAAUUUCUUGUUCAAAGUGCGGGAGUCAGGUUGUAUGAAUUCAGACCGGGGGCCAGUGGUGGUUCACUGCAGCGCUGGCAUCGGACGCUCUGGAACCUUUUGCCUGGUGGACACCUGCCUAUUACUGAUGUCUAUCCGCAAAGACCCGUCCUCUGUGCGUAUCCGUGAUGUUCUACUGGAGAUGAGACGCCAUCGCAUGGGCUUGAUUCAGACUGCGGAUCAACUUCGCUUCUCCUACCUUGCUGUCAUUGAAGGUGCUAAAUACCUCAAGGGAGAUUUGUCAUUGCAGGAAUCAUGGAAGGAGUUGUCAAAUGAAGAAGAUGAUCCCCCUGAAUUCACGCCACCUCCCCUCCCACCUCCAAGAGACCCUCAGAAUGGCAAAGUUGGGCCAUCACUUUUUCCCAUGAACGACGAGAUUGUGCGACCGAUUGAAAUCCACACUCUGGGGUCCUCACAAGACUCAGAGGUGCGAAGGAGGACCGCGGUCGCCCUCCAGUCCCCUCACGAUGGUGCCGCUCACCUUGACGGUCACGUGGAAGUCCGAGAUCCAACCUCCAAAUCUGAAACCAAAGCCCAGCCGCAGCACGACACGGAGCGGCAUCAAGUGGACGGAGCCGUUCGGCAGUCGGUGGAAACAUCCGCAGAGCCUGAGAAUUGGUCUCCCCUCCUCGCCAACGUGUGCCUGUGCACGGCGCUGGCGCUCAGCGCUUACGUCUGCUAUCGAGCCUUCUACCACUGAUGUCUGCGUUCCUCCUCCUUCACUGACUCGCCUGGCCAAAUGUUGUUUUAGUCUUGGAAGCUCAGGGCCUUUUCAAGGUAUUACGUCCUCCAUUCGUCCGUCAACUUAAACACACAAAGCAGCGCCGUUUAGGGAAAAAAGAAGAGAGAGCCACAGAAAUGGGUAAAUGUUGAGAAGAUGUAACUGAGAGAUGGCAAUUCGGGUUAGCCCAGCUGUUGAUUUGGUCAGUGCCUUGACAUAGAUGGCGGCCGACACGGCCGUUGUCAUUGAAGUUCAAUCCGUUUUGGCGUCAUCAGCGUAGCUAUUAUAGAAAUUUGUUUGUUUUAAUUACAUAAUCAUUUCCUUUAUAAUGUAUGAAGGAGUCUUCAAACCACAUAAGGGGAAAGAUGGAAGUAAAGAAGACUAUUCCUUUUCUUUCAGUGUGGCCCUAAAAUCCUUUUACACUCGUGUAACCUGACCAAUGAAGUCCACUGCAUCUUGAAGGCAGGAAUAUGCUUUAUAACGUAGCCAAUCAUAUGGUCCAAACAUCUAUGUCAUAUCUUGAAACUCUUAUUUUUUUAAGCUGCGUCAAGUGGCGAUGAGAAUCGAGUUACGCAUUGGCUGAGAAUUGAGUUCCAGCCAUAAGGCGGCAUGAGGGGAAGCGCCACUGUGCCCACUAGAAAAGAGCUUGAGUCUGGGGUGAAGCAAUUCCUAAUCGAAUACUUUAGCUUGGACAUGAGCUGUCCCUCCCCCAGAAUAUUAGAAUUUGAACAUGGCGGCUUUGUAGCAUCUUGUUGCUGCGGUGUGGAAAAGCCUUGAUGACCAGGUGGGGUAUAUUCCAGCCAGUGGGGGCUUGAAGCGAUUCUGUUUUUACAGCUCAAACAUGCUGCCGUGUGUAGGCAUAACAAAGAUGCUAGAUUUUCCCAAGAAGUGAAGUUUUAGACUGACAAUUCGGCGGAGCAUCGUUUCAGCGCAUUGAGCAGGUGCCCGCAGUGAUAAGAGGGCGGAGCUUGAUUUUAUGUUUCAACUUUUGAAGCUGCAUUUUAUAUACUUCACCAUUUUUUUUUUAAUCAUUAUUUGGCAGUGUUUUAACAACACUCUGCUGUGUCAUAGUUUCAUUUAUUUUCACUUUACAGGGACUUAAGGAAAAUUAAUGUGAACCAAGCUGCCUCCAUUCGUGCAUUUGUCAUCUGAAACGCUUUUAUCCUCAUGGUUCUUUAUUCUCGCUGCAGUCUCCCAACAGAAAAUAGUUCCAUUGGAGGGUACAAAUUUUAUUUUAUAACUUUACCGGUACUUCAAUUGACUGGCGACCAGUCCAAGGUGUACCCCGCCACUCGUUCAAAGUGACCUGGGAUAGACUCCAGCUCACUCGUGACCCUUAUAUGGACAUUAGCUUUUGAUAAUUGUUUUAAAUGGUAUGAAUUGGGGUUCUAACUCUUGGCUGGAGUCAAGUCGCCAUAAUGGUGGGUGGCGAGAAGUAUACAGAGCCAAACUACUUGCCAGCAAUACAAACUCAUCCAAUCGUGUCACCUUUACCUUUUGAACCAGGGAUAAAGAACCAAGCCAACACCAGCACAGAGAAAAACAAUACACUGUAGUAAUAUUUGGACAGUAUCACCCUGAGCUGGAAAUAAUUUCAACGAUUAUAUUGACUUUUCGCAUGCUGCAUUUGUGAAUCGACAGGUGUGUUCUAAAGGGAUAUUAGUUAUGCUGCUAGUAUUCAACAAAAUGAGUUGGACAGCUGUACAUCUUUUUAUUUGGAAUGUAUAAUUGUCCUAAAGGUGGAUAAAUAAAUAUAUACACACACACACACACAUUUCAAAUCAGGUUUUUAGUGUGCUGAUUUGUUUUGGUUCUGCUUAAUCAAGGGAUUCAACCUCAGCACCUCAAGUUCUCCUGUUUUCUAUCCUGAGCUUAAAAUGUGUAUUUUUUUAUAUACAUUUGUUUGACUUUUCAAAUAAAGGAUUAUACUGCA